UUAGCAACGUCCUCUUCCGGCGGUCACCGGGGAAAGCAUGCGGCCUGGUGCAGUAAUCCCCAGGGCACUGCUGGGGGAGGCCAGGAGGAAGCCCAUUGUGAGUCUCAGGGACCCCAGGGACCUCUGCGUGGGCAGCAAGCCGGGCCUGCUGGGUGUCUGGGUGUCCUGGAGACCCUUUCAGCACUGGGUUCUCUCACCUUACAGGCUGGCAUUGAGAUUAUGCUAAUGAACUCCCGGUCCCAAGUCUUGUUGCCUGGUGACAAAGUUUCACAGUUGAGGAGGAAGACCUGGGAGGAACGGAAUCUAUCUUCUAGCAGUUUCAUGUGACUUUUUCCUCAAGCUGAUCACCACUUGAUUAGAACAGCAUACUUAAAACACACUCCCCUACUAAAAGAACAUGGCCAAGCGUGGGAAAGCCCCCAAGGGCAAAAAGAUCACCCUCAGUGUGGCCAAGAAUUGUAUCAAGAUCACAUUCGAUGGGAAAAAACGCCUCGACUUGAGCAAGAUGGGAAUUACCACUUUCCCCAAGUGUAUUCUGCGACUCACUGAUGUGGAUGAGCUCGACCUUAGCCGGAAUUUGAUCAGGAAGAUUCCUGACUCAAUCUCCAAGUUCCAGAAUCUGCGGUGGCUGGACUUGCACAGCAACUACAUCGACAAGCUCCCUGAGUCCAUCGGCCAGAUGACCACUCUGCUCUAUCUCAACGUCAGCAACAACAGGCUGACCACCAACGGGCUGCCUGUGGAGCUCAACCAGCUCAAGAAUAUCCGCACCGUGAAUCUGGGCCUGAACCAUCUGGACAGUGUGCCCACCACACUGGGCGCUCUAAAGGAGCUCCAUGAGGUGGCGCUCCAUGACAACCUGCUAAACAGCAUCCCCAACAGCAUCUCCAAGCUCCCCAAGCUGAAAAAGCUCAACGUAAAGCGAAACCCCUUUCCCAAGGCAGAGGAGUCUGAUAUGUUCAUAGAUUCCAUCAAGAGGCUGGAAAACCUAUAUCUGGUGGAGGAGAAAGACCUGUGUUGGACUUGCCUGAAAAAAUGCCAACAGGCCCGGGACAAGCUGAACAAAAUCAAGAGCAUGGCCACGGCAGGACCGAGAAGGGCCAUCUUCUCCAGUUUGGCCUCACCUAACUCCACGGCCAAGGAAUCCCAGGAAGAAUGGAGGAUUCGCUCAACAUCUCUCUAGAGUAGCUUAUGGCAAAAACCUGAAGACUAAUCAGCUAACAAGAAUAAGCAACUCUGAAGAAGAAAAGCCCUCAGUUAGGAGAAGAAAGAGAGUGGCAAGGGGAAUAUUCUGGAAGCCAGGCUCUCCGAUGCUGGCCAAGCCACUGACUUGCUUCUUAAAUUCAUUUUGCUGCUCUUGCUUUAGAUCAUCUGUGUGUGAAAAUGACUUUGGGAAAUACUUGGUGUGUGGUUUUCUUUUUAAUGUGCAUAGAGGAAAUAUUUAAGAAAAUGAUAGAUAUGGAUUACAGACAAUUAAAGAUUUAAAAGAAGACUUUAAGAUAUAAAAGAAUUGUGGUCUCUAUACUUCACUUGAGCUGGCAAAAUCCCAACACCAGUCACCUCUGAUAAGUUGUGUAUGUCUACAGUGAUCCUCAGCAACUAAAAUUUAUAUAAAGAAUUCAUACCAAAAAAAAAACCUUGGAAAUACUAUGGAUAGGUCAAAGUAGAGUUUUAACAAAUCUUUCAGUAAUGCAACGGUAGGUAGGAUAAAAACACAGAAAUGAACAACAGAGGGAAAAAUAGGAAACAAAAAAUAAA